AUGGCUGCAUACGAAUAUGACGAGGCCGGGGUUAUGGCCGCGUACUUUCUUAUCACAUUUCUCGCUUUGGUGCUCGUGCCAUUGACGGUUUCGGCGCUGUUAAAGCGCCCAGACAAAGCCGUAUCCGACGGAUGCCAAUGUACACCAUGUAUCGAACAACGGAAGAUUGUACAAAAGCAGGAGCGGGGGUCGAUUCUUAAUCCAAACCUUAGCAGGAGAACAUACUUCCUCGUUGGAGGGUGGUCCCUGUUCGCCUUCGUCUGCUACCGGGUGUCGCUUUUGAAAGUGGAGAACAAAAUCUACAACCCAUUCGAGAUUCUGGGCAUCGCAAGUAGCACACCAGACAAGGAGAUCAAAUCGCACUUCAAGAAGCUUUCUCGGGUGUACCACCCCGACAAAGUCAAAGCUACUGCUAACAUGACCAUUGAGAUGAUUCAAGAACGUUUCGUCCAGAUCACCAAGGCCUACAAAUCGUUGACAGACGAACGCAUCAAGGAGAACUGGCAGAAGUACAACAAUCCCGACGGACCUCAGACGACAUCGAUGGGUAUUGCGCUUCCCAAGUGGAUUAUCGAGGGCAAGAACAACAUCUGGGUUCUCGGUGUUUACGGGCUCGUGUUCGGCGGUGCGCUCCCUGCGUUGGUCGGUCGAUGGUGGUUUGGCAAUCGCCAGAAGACGAAAGACGGCAUCUAUGCACAAAGCGCUGCGGCGUUCUUUAAGACGUUGAAGGAGGAGUCGGGUAUGGAAGACGUUGUCGGCGCGCUUGGGAAGGCAUAUCAGUGGGAACUCGACGCAUCCAAGACCAAGUCUACCGCGGAGCUCGACACAUUAGAGAAGACGAUCACGGAGAAGCUUGGUGCUAAAUGGACAGAGGUCAGGAAAGUCGCGGUGGAUUAUGACGGGAAGCUACACGAGGCGAGGAAACGCGCGCUCGUGCUAUUGUACGCGCACUUGUUGAGGCUAGAGAUCAAAGAUGCUGGACUGAAGAAGCAGCAAAAGGAGGUCCUCCUACAAACACCUCUCCUGCUGAACGCUCUCCUUAAUGUGUCGAUUGUGCGCACAUGGCUCAUGCCAACACUGACCAUCAUCCGCUUGUACGCCUUCCUAGCGCAAGCUCUCCCACCCAACGCCUCCGACAAGAUGCGCUUUACCCAGCUACCAGGUAUCACGACCGAAGAUGUGGCCAAAUUCGCGGAGAAAGCCAAGGAGCGCAGCGAGAAGGACGGCAAGGUGCGGGAUAUGAGUGACUUGCUGUUUGAGCUCGAGGCGAAGGAGGAUGGCCGGGCGAGUGAUGUGAGGAAGGCGAUGGAGAAAUGGGGCAGGGUGGAGAUCGUCGAUGCUGCAUUCAAAGUUAUCGGCGAGGCUGUCAUUGCACCCUCUUCAAUCAUUUACCUGCUCGUCAAGCUACGGAUAACACCCCCCGGCGCGAACAAGGACAUCGAACCCAAGGAUCUGAGCGUAGACGAGACCAAGAAGCUUCUCCUGCAGAAUGAGAAGAUUGACGAGAAAUUCCUUGAGAGCCGACUGGACGCAGCAGAGCUCUCGCCUGCUCAGGCGAAGGAAGCCAACUCGAGCGCGCAUGCACCUUACUGGCCUGGCACUCGCAAACCCUCUUGGUGGAUCGUUCUCGCAGACGACAAAUCCAACCGCAUUGUUGUCCCACCCAUGAAGAUCACCGACAUCCCCUAUGCCCGCCCUGGUGCUGGUCCUCACGAACGCGACUACCGCUCAUACAAGAUGCAGUUCCAAGGGCCGCCUAACACUGGUCUCUUCACAUGGAAAGUGUACGUCGUCAGUGACACCUUCGUCGGCGAGGAGGCCGUGCGCGAGAUCACGCUGAAGAUGGAGGACCCACCCGUCGUCGAGGACGCGCCGUCGGAAGACGAAAUCUCGGAGCCGGACGAGGACAGUCUUGCAGGCCAGAUGGCGGCGAUGAAGGGCCAGCCGGUCAAGAAGCGCAAGGAGGAGAGCAGCGACGAUGAGAGCAGCACGGAUGAUGAUAAGAGUAGUGAUAGUGAUAGCAGCGAUAGUGAUUGA